AUGUUGUCCGAAGAAUAUUUUGAUCCUGAGAAACGGGCUACAGUUGACCAACUUCACAAUGUUCGUCCGUUUAUUGAAGCACCUCCCACAAAAGAACCCGUGGAUUUCAUGGACCUUGACACCAUUGAUUUGUCCACAUUUCAGGACGGACCACAAGGGCUUUCAUCUCGUCAAAAGCUUGCUCAGCAGCUAGAAUCAGUCUUAACAGACUAUGGAUUUUUUAAAUUGGUGGGUCAUGGGAUUUCCGAAGCCACUUUUGAGAGAAUGAAAUCUAUUGGUCAAGCAAUUUUUGAGCUCGAAGACGAUAUCAAAAACCAAUUCGUUGGAGGAGAAAAGAAAAUUCCUCAAGAAGAGGAGAGGGACUUGGGGGUAAUUAGGGGUACCGGAUUCAAACCUCGUGGGUACUUGGAAUAUACCAAUGGACAAAGAGAUAAUGUGGAAUUUUAUAAUCUCCGCCACUUCCAACAUGAUGAUAUCUUCUAUAAUAAGACAGAAUAUCCCGAGUUUGUCAAGUACCAUCUUGAUGAGAUCUCGGAAUAUUUCAAGCAUUUGCAUUUCGAGACCUUGAGGAAAUUAUUGAUCUUGAUGGAUAUCAUUCUUGAACUUCCUGAAGGCCAAUUAUGGGAAAAUCAUUUCAAAGUAAUUGAGAAUGAUAUAAACAGAUCUGGAGGUGGUAGGGCAAGAUUUCUAAUGUAUCAUGAAGUUGAAAAAGAGUAUGUCAAAAAGACCAAUGGGACUUGGCUUCGUGGUCAUAGUGAUGCGUGUGCCAUUACAUUCAUUCUCUCUCAGCCAAUUGUUUCUUUGCAAGUACGCGAACAUGACUCCAACAAUUGGAAAUAUAUCUCCCAUACUCUGAAUUCUUUGGUUGUCAAUAUCGGUGAUGCCUUCAAGUUUUUAACUGGUGGAUAUUUUAAAUCUUCGCUUCAUAGAGUCACCACUCCCCCGGGUGAUCAAUUAAAACACAAAAGAAACACUGUGAUUUAUUUUUCUAAUCCUUCUUUGACUACCUAUAUUGAUCCAUUGUCAUUAAACUCUCCAAAGUUGGAUAGAUUGGGUUAUGGGAUAGAACCAGGAGUUGAAAGGAUCACAUUUAAGCAAUGGGAUGAGGCUAAAGGAACUUACUUCAAUCAAAAGAAUCAGCAGAACUCUAAAGAAGUUAGUCUUUUGGGAAGAUCCACUUUAAUGAGCUAUAUUGAUGGAGCUCCUUCAGAAAAGAAAGCACUCUCUGUUUCCUAA